UGUGAUGAAGACGACACAUGCUACCUGUGCAGCUUAGUGUGUUCACAGACACUUGACUUCAGGAGAAAAGAGUCCAGUGUCACUAAGUACUGACUACACACACUGUGUUUGGACCAGUUCCUCUCAUUUAGUCAGUAAAGUCAAAGGUUUUAGGUCUAAACUGAGAUAAACAGUAGAGUUCACGACUGUGUGUAUCAGAGAAUCCCAGGUUUUUACAGAACCAGUCCAGUUGUUGGUUCAGAUGAAGAAACUCACUCUUUAACCAGAGAUGUGAUCAGAGAGAACAACAGGAGGAUUCUCACUGAACAACCUCAAGAAGCUUCUCCAUCUUGUUUCCAUCUUUAUUGCAUCUGACUUUUUUAACGUCGCACAAUGAGUCUGUAAAGUCGAGUGUGAAAUCUGCAGAGUGUUCAACCCAGUGAGAUGAGACCAACAUCAUGAUAAACAACCAUGAUAAACAUGAUGAAAGGAGCAGAAACUGAACCGUCAGUGAUGUUAAACAAUGUGUCUGGUCUGUGUUCACCCUGCUUAACUUGUUACCUUACAUUGUAUGGAUGUAAACAUGGAAUACUAGAACAGCCAAACAAGCACUUUGUUGAAGAUCCUUCUACUUGCUCUGAUUGAUGCAUAUUUUAAGUAAAUGAGAUAACAUUGAAUUGAACAUUAUAGUUUUAUUAGAUUAGUCCAAGCAGCAGCUAAAUUACUAAGAACAGAAUAUAACAUGUUGGAAACAUCUGAUAGUUUGGAUCUCUGUCAUCCUGUAGCAUUGCUGCUUUAUUACUCUGCUGCUUCAACUCUCCUAGUUUCCUGUAAACAGAGAGGGGGCGGAGCCUCUGUGAUCAUGUGAUCCAGGUACAGGAGUGAACCCCAAAGGUGUUCAGUGAGUUCAUACUCAAUUUAGAGAGAACAGCGCAGGAGGAAAAGGACUCAGGACUCUGAACUCAGAUUCACUUUAAUAGGAGUCACAGCAGGUGUUUAGCUCUGGAUCUGGGGCUUUUUCAGAAGAUGAGUGUUUGUGUGGAGGAAGAGGACGGAGCAGAGUCUCCAGGAUCCAGAUGUGUGUCUAUGAAGAAUGACUGGUCCAGAUGUGAACCUCCAUCAUUCAGUCCUGAACCUGGAGCCUCAGACACAAAAGUCCAGAACCAGAGACAAAGAGCAGAACCUCCAGGACCCAGCUGUCUGUCUAUGAAGAGUGACUGGUCCAGACAUAAUCCUCUAAACUUCAGUAAUGAACCUGGAGCCUCAGACACAAAAGUGGACCAGCAGAUCUCAGAGGUUCCCAGUGCUCAGUCUGUCCAGCAGCACCAAACACACCUGGACUCCAUAUUUAUGCUGUUGGAGGAAAACAUUGUCACGUUUGUGAAGAAGGAGCUGAAGAAGAUCCAGAAGGUUUUAAAUCCAGAUUACCCAGAAUGCUUAGAGAGUCAGAGGGAGGAUGAGGAGGAGUUGGAUGGUGAUGAUGAAGAGCAGAGGAGCAGCAGAGACGCGUUUCUGAAGAUCACAGUUAACGUCCUGAGGAGGAUGAAGCAGGAGGAGCUGGCUGACUGUGUGCAGAAUCUGAUAGUUCCAGUACCAGAGCCACGGUUCAUCACAUAUUACCAGCAGAUGCUUCAAUCAAACCUUCAAGACCAGUUUGUGUGUGUGAAACCAGGCUGGUCAGAAGAUGACCAAUGUCUGGAUGACAUCUACACAGAGCUGUACAUCACAGCUGGGUCGGAUUCACACAUCAACACACAGCAUGAGGUCCAACAGGUUGAGACGACACAGCAGAAGCAAAGAUCAGCAGAGGAGCCAGUGAAGCCCAGUGACCUGUUCAAACAUCCCCCUGGUAAAUACAGACGCAUCAGAACAGUGUUGACCAAUGGAAUCGCUGGGAUUGGAAAAACAGUUCUUGUGAACAAGGUUGUUUUAGACUGGACCCAACAAAGGUCCAAUCAAGACGUGCAUCUGAUUUUCCCCUUCACCUUCCGUCGGCUGAAUCCACUGAAGGGACAGAAGUUUAGUUUGUCAGAGCUCAUUCAUGAAUGUAUCCCAGAAACUGAGUCCAUCAGCCUGGAGGCUCUGAAUUACAUCUUUACACAGUCAUCAGGAAACAGCAACUAUGACAAGAGCAGCUUCAAACUUCUGUUUGUGUUUGAUGGACUGGACGAGAGUCGCCUCAAACUGGACUGUAGCACCAGUGAGAAGGAGACGGGUCAACGUGACGUCACAGAGUCCACCUCAGUGGAUGAGCUGCUGACAAACCUCAUCAGAGGAAAACUACUACGCUCUGCUCGCAUCUGGAUCACCACACGACCUGCAGCAGCCAAUCAGAUUCAUGGAGACUUUGUUGAGGUGGUGACGGAGGUCAGAGGGUUCACUGACCCACAGAAGGAGGAGUUCUUCAGGAAGAGAUUCACAGAUGAGGAGCAGAGCAACAGAAUCAUGUCCCACAUCAAGACGUCACGAAGCCUCCACAACAUGUGCCACAUCCCAGUCUUCUGCUGGAUCACUGCUACGGUUCUGGAGCAUCUGCUGGAAACCAGAGAGGGAGGAGAGCUGCCCAAGACCCUGACGGAGAUGUACGCAGAGUUCCUGAGGUUUCAGAUGGAUCAAACUAAAGACAAGUACGGACCAGAACAGAGCAGCAACUACAUCAAGUCAUUAGCUAAACUGGCUUUUAAGCAGCUGCUAAAGGGAAACUUGAUCUUCUAUGAGGAAGAUCUGAAAGAGAGCGGAAUCGAUGUCAGUGGAGCCUCAGUGUGUUCAGGAGUGUUCACAGAGAUCUUUAAACAGGAGCGAGGGAGGAAAAUCAAGGAAAAGAUGUUCAGCUUUGUUCAUCUGAGCGUUCAGGAGUUUCUGGCUGCUGUUCACAUGAUGCUCUGUUACACCAACAAGAAGAUUGAGGAACUGGAGGCGUUUCUGAAAGACUCCAAACACACAAAAUCUAUCCUUAAAAAAAUAAAACAGUUGUUUGUUCAUCCCUCAACUUACUCAUCUCUGGAUCUUGUCCUGAGUAGAACCAUGUUUAAAUCCCUCCUCAGUCCAAGUGGCCACCUGGACCUGUUUGUUCGCUUCCUUCAUGGCCUCUGUCUGGAGUCCAACCAGAGAAUCUUAGGAGGUUUGCUGGGUCACACAGAGAUCAGUCCAGAAACCAACCAGAGAAUCAUCAACAACCUGAAGGAGAUGACAAGUGAUAGAAUCUCUCCAGACAGAAGCAUCAACAUCUUCCACUGUCUGAUGGAGAUGAACGACCACUCAGUCCAUCAACAGAUCCAAGAGUUCCUGAAGUCAGAGAACAGAUCAGAGAGACUCUCUGAGAUCCAGUGCUCAGCUCUGGCCUACAUGCUGCAGAUGUCAGAGGAGGUUCUGGAUGAGCUGGACCUGAACAAGUACAAUACGUCAGAGGAGGGACGACAGAGACUGAUCCCAGCCGUGAGGAACUGCAGAAAGGCUCAACUUUCUGGCUGUGGACUCACAGAGACUCACUGUGAAGUUGUGGUCUCAGCUCUGAAGUCCAACCCGUCACAUCUGACACAUCUGGACCUGAGUAACAACAACCUGCAGGACUCAGUGAAGGUUCUGUGUGCUGGACUGAAGAGUCCUCAAUGUCGACUGGAGACUCUGAGACUGAGUGUGUGUGACCUGUCAGAGAGAAGCUGUGAAGCUCUGUCCUCAGUUCUCAGCUCUCAGUCCUCUAGUCUGAGAGAACUGGACCUGAGUAAAAACAACCUGCAGGAUUCAGGAGUGAAGCUACUGUCUGCUGGACUGAAGAGUCCUCACUGUCGACUGGAGACUCUCAGGCUGUCAGGCUGUCUGCUCUCAGAGGAAGCUUGUGUCUCUCUGGCCUCAGCUCUGAGCUCCAACCCCUCCCAUCUGAGAGAGCUGGACCUGAGCUACAAUCAUCCAGGAGACUCAGGAGUGGAGCUGCUGUCUGCUGGAGUCAAGGAUCCACACUGGAGACUGGACACUCUCAGGGUGGAGCCUGGUGGAGUCCGAUGGUUGACACCAGGUCUGAGCAAGUAUUUCUGUCAACUCACCAUCGACACAAACACAGUGAACAGAGAACUACAACUGUCUGACAGCAACAGGAAGGUGACAUGGGUGUGGGAGGAUCAGUCAUAUCCUCAUCAUCCAGACGGAUUUGACCGAUGUCCUCAGCUGCUGUGUAGUAAUGGUCUGACUGGCCGCUGUUACUGGGAAGUUGAGUGGAGAGGGGAAGUUCUUAUAUCAGUGAGUUACAGAGGAAUUGGAAGGAAAGGACGCAGUUAUGAUUGUUGGUUUGGAUACAAUGAUCAGUCCUGGAGACUGUACUGCUCUAAAGGUGGUUACUCUGUCAGACACAAUAACAUAGUAACAUCCAUCUCCUGCUCUGUGUCUCACAGAGUAUCAGUGUAUGUGGACUGUCCUGCUGGUUCUCUGUCCUUCUACAGAGUCUCCUCUGACAAACUGAUCCACCUUCACACCUUCAACACCACAUUCACUGAACCUCUUUAUCCUGGGUUUGAGUUCUGUUCUCCUGGUUCCUCAGUGUCUCUGUGUGAUGUGUCGUAGUAAGACUUUGAUCCUGUCAGAGAAAUGUUGUCACUGUUGACAUUGUUCAGUCUGUUCAUGUCUGUCUCGUUUUCAGAUUCAUGUAUUAAACCAGUUUCUUUCUGAACCAGUUCUAAAUGAUUCCUUGUGAACUUCUUCCUCCUCCGUCCUUUAAAGAUGGAAGCUCUGAUUAUUCCAGGAUCAAAUGUUGAUGACUUGUUGUGAAGUUGUUUUCCAGUGAAUAUCAGCAUGUUUCAGUUCAACAUGUGACAAACUGACAUCAGAGACGAAUCACUGAGCUGAAUUAGUGAGAAGCUUCCAGAUGUUCACGUUCAUGUUCAUGUUCAUGUUCAUGUUCAUGUUGAUUGAAUUCCUGAUCAUUUUCUGUCCCUCUAGUAGAAGAGAGCAGCUCAGCCUCACAUUAAAGUGCUUCAUUUACCUUUAACAAUAAAUGAUGACGUCAUAAUCACAAUAUAGAAAUGUCCAUCACUGAACUGUGAUUAUAUUAUAACGAUCAUCAUGAUGUAACAUAAGUCAUAAUAGAUUCAGAGUCACAUGAUGAACCUCCACAUUCUGUAUAUACUGAAAUCAUAAUGUAAUAAAAUCUCACCACAUCUGG